AUGGGUGAGGCAUCAAUGCAUUCUCUCACAAUACUGGUAGAUGAUCAUCAUGAGUGGAAAGUAGAUAAGAUCUUAGAUAACAAAAUACACUACUACAAGAGAUGUUAUCUAGUGAAGUGGAAAGGAUUCUCUAUUGGGGAAUCAAUGUGGGAAUCUGAGAAAAAUCUUGAAAAUGCACAAGAGACCCUUAAAAAUUACCUAAAGAAAAGAUAUAAUUAUAGGAAGCAAGAAGGCAUGCCACAAGAGUGCCUGAGAUGUGGUUAUAACAGUAGUAAACUGGCUAUAGAUGAGCAAGACUCAGGAGUCACAGAUAUGUUUAAUAUAAUGAUAAAUAAAACUACAACAAAAGAUACAGUUACAGAGAAAGACAUUACAGAUGAAGAACUAUAA